GCCCACCCGUCAAGGUUGCGUCCGUGAUUGAAGUAGGCCUACUGUGAGAUGUUGAGUCUCGUCCAAGGAAUGUGCUGGCAACCACACUGCGAAUCGCACGAGGCCCUGUGUCAGAUUUAGACCGCUUGGGGCUCAGCAGCAACUUUGCGCCGUGAUCUGGUGCUUUGCAUCAUAAAGCGAUGUCAGCGUCAGAAUAUCCCUAUUCAGCAGACUCUGGAUUCUAAAUUCAACAGGAACACCGUGCCGCAGUUUCAGAACUCUCCUGCCCUUUUUCGAAUUCGGUCUGGUCCUUGCGCUCUCUCAUCUUUUCUCACCACAGCUCUCAAUGCUGCUGGCCCCCAACAACACCAAUGAACGGACAAGGAAGGCAGCAGAAUCCUGCGCCGGUCUUUCCGCCGCCACCGAGAGAGGACGAUCAUCCAGAGCAGCGUGAAAAGAUGACGACGGGCUUACCCAACUAUGCCUACCGUGCGAUGUACGACAAUCAAUAUCCAGGAGGAUAUCCUCCUCCUCCGCCCAAAGCCGGAAGUCACAGCAACUCUACCAACAGAAGCCAGCGGAGCGCACAUGGAGCUGCCAGAGGCAGAAUAGAAGAUGACAGAUUCGGAAGACCGCUAGACGAUGGGCACUACCACAGUGAAAGGAGAACUCGUACCCGGGAUCGACAUUCUCGUCGCAGACCAACUUCGUCAUACGACUCAGACAGAUCUUACGACUCGCGCGAGAGCAGACAUCAUCGCGACGACCGCAGACGACGUGGGGAUAUGCGCAGCAGAAGUCGCAGGAGGAGUCUCGAAAGGGACAGGCGAGAUCAAGAAGUGCAGAAAAACCAGCAGCAAAACCAGCAGCAACAUCAAGGACAAGAGGCAGAGAAGAAGACUGGCUUCGCCAAAAUCGAGGAGUACAUCACACCAUUCAAUGUCGGCAUUCUCAUGGGCUGCAUGGACCUCAUCGGCGGAAGUAUCUCAUUGUACAUGACCAACAAGCGCUUCAGCAAGAAAGCACUGGCCAAAGGACCGGCCCCUGGUGAACCUGGUUCGUCAAGCGGUGGAAAAGAUUCUGGCGAUAAAACCGGCGGUGCUGACAAAAAGCAGGAUAAUAGCGGCGGGAGCAAAGCGGGCAGCUCACGAAGCAAGGCGAGCAGCUCACGAAGUAAGCGCGCUCGAAGCACCGGCAGUGCGAGGAAUCGUGGGCGCGAAGGAGACUUGCAUCGAGAGCGAGACCCAUAUUCACGGCGAGAUUCUUCGGAUUCAGACUCAACAGGUACCAGCUACUGGAGUCGAAGCGAUACCAGAAGAUAUCGGCAUAUGCCUGAGAGGUUGGAAUAUGAUGAUCGUGGGAGGCCAAAGUCGGCUGAUGCAAGAGCCAUGAUGCGAGGCCAUGUGCGGACUCGAAGAUGAGAAUAUAAUGGACAUUUGUCACUGGUUGACUAGACGUACAAGCGAUACAGCAUGGAAUCACAGCACGUCAGAGUGCAUAGUAUGUAGUCUAGAGUUCAGUUUGGGACUGUAUAGCUGCAUUGUCCUCUGCCGAUUCAUUGCUUGCUUUGGAGCCGCGUCACUUAAAUCCUUUAGAGCUUCCAAAUUAUCGCACUGAUUG